AUGGAGGACAGAAUGGAGCCAUUUGCAGUCAGCCCCCUGAGCCCGGGGCAGCCCCAAUGGGCCAACUACGUCAAGGGCGUCAUCCAGCACUACCGGGGUGGUUCCAUGCCAGGCUUCAGCGCUGUCGUGGCCAGUGACGUCCCCCUGGGCGGGGGCCUCUCCAGCUCGGCUUCUCUGGAGGUGGCCACCUACACCUUCCUGCAGCAGCUCUGCCCUGACGAUGGGGAUUUGUCAGCCAAGGCGCUGGCGUGCCAGAAGGCGGAGCACACGUUUGCCGGGAUGCCCUGUGGGAUCAUGGACCAGUUCAUCUCCGUGAUGGGCCAGGAGGGCCACGCCCUGCUCAUCGACUGCAGGUCCCUGGAGACCAAGCUGGUGCCACUGAAAGACCCCAGCCUGGCCGUGCUCAUCACCAACUCCAACGUGCGGCACACGCUGACGGGCAGCGAGUACCCCACGCGCCGGCGGCAGUGCGAGGAGGCAGCGGCGGCCCUGGGCAAGGCCAGCCUCAGAGAUGCCACCAUGGCCGAGCUGGAAGAGGCCAGGAGCCGCCUGGGGGAUGAGGUGUUCCGGCGGGCCAGGCACGUCAUCGGCGAGAUAGCGCGGACAGAGGAGGCAGCGCAGGCACUGCGGGACAAGGACUACACCACCUUCGGGAAGCUGAUGGUGGAGAGCCACAACUCCCUCAGGGAUGACUAUGAAGUGAGCUGCCCCGAGCUGGACCAGCUGGUGGCAGCAGCCCUGGAAGUGGAUGGGGUUUAUGGCAGCAGGAUGACCGGGGGAGGCUUUGGAGGCUGCACGGUGACACUGCUGAAGGCUGAGGCUGCAGACAAAGCCAAGAAGCACAUCCAGGAGAAAUACAGUGGCAAAGCCACCUUCUACCUCAGCAAGCCCUCGGCAGGGGCAAAGGCUCUGUCCAUGUAGAGGAGUGACCACCUCCCCUGGGAACCUUGGGCUGGCAUUCCCUCCCUCCCCAAGACUUUCCCAAGGGGAUCAGUUUGUCCAUCUGCCUCAUUUACCUAAUAAAAGUAAAGCAUUUGCAUA